UAGGUGUAGUGGGUGGGAAAGCAUUUCACGCUCUUUUCUCCGAUGUUCCCAACGCAAUGAUGCAACGAACGAUGAUGGUUGGGUGUCUUUGCGUGCGAGGGUGAGCUUCAGCAUAACAUUCUCACGCGGCGUGUAAAGCUCCGAUGCCAAGACGAGGAUUCAGGAAAUGAAUGAAAAGCGACACUAACCAAAGAGCAGUCGGGGGAUGAUUAUAACGGAACGCAGCAUCGAGAUUGGGUUCAGUCGUGGUCUGUGGUUCGUGUUGGAAAUGUCGCGGAGUGCGAUUCGCGUGGUGAAUGACCUAAAGUUGUGGUGUAAUGACCAAAGAGUUGUUGGUUUUUGGAUUUACUAAUGCAUGUCGGAUGGCACAAAGGUCAACAAAUUCUAGAAAAUAGGAUGGAUCUACGGUUGAUCUGAGUUUGGGUUAUGCGAAUGCUUGAAUGGAAAGUGAACCGAAGUCGGUUUGAUUAGUUUCGUUUAAAGUGGCAGGAUUUUCCGGUGAAAUCUGAGAGAGAGCAUUCUGAGUGAGAGAAGAGAAAAUGGUUUUUCUUCCAUGAAAGGAUACUCUUAGCAGAGCUAUAAAUAAUUGAACGUAAACAUAAAUAAAGCGUAGAAGAAUUAUUUGUUCGACAGUCUGAUGCGGGCCGUUAUCCUGGAAGGAUAUUCGUGGAAUGUACACAUGUGCUUAGACGUGUCAGUGAUGAGCUUAUGCCCAUUCCAAGCAGAAUUUGGAAAACGUGCAGAAAUUCAUUCAUUGGUAUCAUUGUGUCCAUCAUGAAGGGAAGAAGUGAUUGGGAGAACCCGAGUGGGAUAAUCGGAUUGCAAAGUGUUGUAAAUUAGCAAAUUUUACGAUUUGUGUGCACUUUCACGCUACAGUAGCAGAAGAUUUAUACCCUCACUCGCUGGAGUUUCGUGUGUGUCCUGAAUGUGUGUAUACCAGUGCGAGUUGCCUGCCUGUAGGAGCGUGUAAUUUUUGGCAUUUUGGUCGGAAGAUAAAUUACCGCCAGCCAGGCUCGUGUGACUCUGGAAAACGUGUGUGCGAGGAUAUGAAGCUAGAGCACAGUUUACGUUGGUCGUUGUGCAAAGUGGUGCGUCCGUCGACGAAAAUGUUUAAUUAGAGAGAAAGAAGUAGUGGCUCGGGCACGGAAAUAUGAAUGUUUGCCGUUAAAAUUUUCCACCCAUUGUGGCCAUGGUCUACCAACCGUGAAUCGUUGGGUACGUUGUGCAGUGCCGUUUUUAUACAUUCUUCAGCAUGAUAUCUGUCCUGGGGAAAGUUUGACCAACGGGGAGAGAGCGAGAAUAGGCGGUGCGGUGCUUUGGAAGAAUAAAAAAUAACAUUCAAGCGGUUUUUUGGAGCAGUCGGUGGUGGUUGGAUUGUCCCUUGAGGGGUGUACCAUGUAACCAGCCAGUUAAUAAACGCCCCCUUUAGAUGGAACGUAUUUAAUCAAGCAACCAUGACGAGGAUAAUUAAAAUUUUGCUAACGACGCUGCUAGUUUGGAGAUUGGGCUUGGCGAGCACUAAUAAUCAUCAAUUAUCAUCAUCCAUAUCACUUCCCGGUCCAGAUUCCUCCGGCAGGAGCAGGAGUAGUACAAGCAGUAGCAGUAUCAGUAGUAGCAGCAGUAGUAGGCGAGGUCAAAGUUGGCCACAGCAUUCCCAGCAGCAGCAGCAGCAGCAGCAGCAGCAACAUGUGAAUGGGGAGGGAAAAUUAAUAGACAAUAAACUACGAGACAAACUGCUUUCUUACAUCGGCAGCAGCAGCAGCAGCAGUAGCAGAGGGUUGGACCAAUCCGGCUUCCGGAGGAUCCGGCGAGCCAAGCGUGACAGUAUUUUCACCGAAGAUACGACAAAUAAAUACUACGAUAAUAGAAUAAGUGAUGAGCCGGUGGCCGUCCCACGCAUCACCGAGGAAGUUUUGCAGAUAAGCAAUCUGACCGAGGAGCGAAUUCGAGAGGAAAAUGAAUUGCUGGAUCAUCUGAAUCGAAAGCAUUUUCUGGAAAGAAGCAGUAGCAGCAGUGUCCCUGCUGCAAUCAGCUUGCCGAAGGAAACCGAUGGCACCGGAGUAGCCCGGAAAAAGCAUCCAGGGGGUGGCAAAAAAGGCCGACGAAGAAAAGGUCACAAGAAGAAAAUCAAACGGAUAAAGCCGUUUAUCAACAACGGAGAAGACGACACCAUCGACGCCGGUUUCAUCCGAACUUCUGACUCGAGCUGGAAAGGGCAAGCGGCGGAGGUGGAGAACGAAAGGAUAAAUUCUUCACCAACCAGCGUAACCAAAUUAUCAUUAAACGAAUCUGAGCAACAGCAACAGCAAAACCAGAAACCAGGGCGGAAAAAGCAUCGACCAAAGUCUACCGCUCGGCCAAGUAAGAAGAAGGGAGCGGUGGAAGCGCCAACGAAAGAGAACUCCAUCCGGUCGGAAAGACGGAACGGAAAUCGGAAUAGAAAAGCCGGCCAGGACCAACUCGUCCUAUUAAAUAGCGAUGAUAUUUACGACGGAAAUAUGCAAACAGCAGUUCAAAGGGAUGCUUCGGGCGGCGGUGGUGGUGGACUGGAGGGUGCGAGUUUCGUUGGGGAAAUGGUAAAUUUUUCUGACGAUGGUGACAGCCGGCUGGGGAAACGUCAGAAAGAUCAGCAGAGAAAGUUGUCGCCGGAGGAACGGGAAGCUCGCAAGCAGCGGAUAAAGGAGCAGAAGAGAUUGGAAAAACAGCAGAGGAAAGAAUUGGAAAGGUUCAGAGAAGGGGAUCUGGUGCUGAUGUCAGCGCCGGAACAGUUGCAGCAGCUUCCCCCGGCCUCGGUAACGGAACCCAGCCCCGGCGUAAGCUCGGUGACGUUCGCCUCGGACGACAUGCUACGGACGGAAGCCGUCUCACUGCAGCGCAUCGUCAUCGUGGGGGAUCUCUCGUGCAUGAAGGAUGACUUUAUUCCUGCUCCGGCGAUUCCCAAUGCGGACAUCAAGUAUCUGAGGAACGACGUCUACGGUCUGGAGAACUCCUUCCUGGAAGCGGAAUAUCACUGCCGACCGGGUUUCGAGCUCCGGUAUCCGAAUGCAAACGGAAACAACUCGAACCUAAUCUGCCGCAAAUCUCGGUGGAUUGGCAAGCGGCCUUCCUGCGUACGAAUUAAAAGGCCUCCAUUGUCACUGUCACCAUCAUCAUCAGCAGUGUCGGCAUCAGCAUCGUCAUCACCCGCGCCAGCAUCCUCGCUGAAUGAGGCGGCAACCUUCGUAACGAGCCGGGCGCGGGAAAAUAAUGGCACAAAGUUAUGCGGAAAGAAACAUAAUUGCCAGCAAGCGUGCUUUGUGAAGGAUGACAACGUGACGCGGGUUUGCUCCUGUUUCAAGGGAUUCAAAAUGGUUGACGGCCGGUGCGUUGAUAUCAAUGAGUGCAUCGAAUACGGAGAAGAUGUAUGCGAGUAUGGAUGCUCCAACACGAUUGGAUCGUUUAUAUGCAAAUGCCCGAAGGGACUCCGAGUAACAGACAAUAACAAGUGCAUGGAUGUGAACGAGUGUCUGCUGCGGAACGGCCACGGGCCCUGCCAGGAUACAUGUAUCAACAUUUGGAGUGGCUACCGGUGCAGCUGUGCGGGCUUGCCGGGAACUCGCCUCUCGGAGGACGGCCACAGCUGCGAGGACAUCGAUGAAUGUACGGUCAACAAUGGGGGCUGCUCGCACACCUGCCUCAACACGCUGGGGAGGGCGUUCUGCGUUUGCCCCGAGGGCUACAUGCUGGACGACGACUGGAAGACUUGCAUCGACAUUGACGAAUGUUUGAACCAGAAAUCGAUUAGGCAGGAAUUCCGCUGCCAGGGUAGUUGCAUCAAUACGGUCGGUUCCUAUCGGUGUCUGCCAAAGGACGCUGUUGGUUUCGAUCGGGACGGCGAUGGUCAGCUGACUAAGCAAGCUGCCGAUGAUGAACUGGAGGAUGAUAGCGACGACGAUACGCUUUGCCCGGUUGGCUACUACUUCAACACGACAAUGGGAGACUGUCAAGAUACCAACGAAUGCAUUCGGACCAACGGUGGCUGUCAACAUCAUUGCAUCAACAGCGACGGUAGCUUCUAUUGCUCCUGCAAAUACGGAUUCAAACUGGAUGCCGAUAAGCAUAGCUGCCUAGUGCUCAACGAUUCGCUGAAGCUGGCAGAUGUGGCAUGCCCGCCGCUGUUUCCACCGCGGCACGGCUAUCUGGAGUGCAGUCGACCGAUCGAUGAGAUUUCCGAUGGACCGAACGGAGGCCGGCUGAAGAUCACAAAUCGACCGGGAAGUCAGUGUAUCCUCAAGUGUCCGACGGGCUACCGGCUAGAGGGGAAGUUUUCCAAGAUUUGCGGCACGACGGGCGAGUGGAUUGGCGACGAGAGUGGAACGUGCAUCAGAUAUCCUCAACCGAAGCUGACCUGCCCGACGAGCGUGAACGUGGAGCUCCAUCCGAACGAGACGGACCACACGGCAGUCAAACUGCGGCGGCCGCAAACGGACGUCAACUGGGAGCGGGACAUCGUGGUCGAGCCGUACUGGGCCAAGAAGGAUGUCCUCCAGCUGCCACUCGGGUCCAUCAAUAUCAGCUAUACGGCCAAACAUCCGGUUUCCAAGCUGACCAGCAGCUGCACAUUCGUCGUCAAUGUGAUGGCUGGCAAACCUCCGACGGUUGACUUUUGUCCCGACACCCAGAUCUACACCAUUGAAGGCCGGCAUCAGAGCGUAAAGGCCACCUGGGAGGAACCAAUCUUCUCCGACAACGUGGGGGUCGUCACCAUCACAAAGUCCAACAGCCCCGGAACGGAUUUCGGCGCCGGCAGCCAUCUUAUCACCUACGAAGCCCACGACGAGGCGGAAUGGAGCUCCAAAUGUGUCUUCAAAAUAGUGGUCAACGUUAGCAAACGAAAGGACGUUCAACAUUUCCAACUCCCAAUCCUUUAUAAUCGGUUUUACUUUUAAUUGCGCGGUGCGGCUGGCUGGAGGACAAGGUCUAGUGGGUGACGACGACCGUCGUCGUUCUCUUUGAUUUCAGAUUUUUUUCCUUCCAACUUGUUUGCCAGAGUUCAGUUCAAAGUCCUGGUUUGUCCUGGCGCAUUUUUUCUUUCGAGCGCCACCUACUAACCAAGGUUGGAGAAAAAGCUGCUUAAUUUAGCAGUUGUUUUUUGCGACCGUUGCGUUGCUUUGGAUGCAGCUAUUUUCAACUUUGUUACUGUUUGCCAACUUUUCCAUUGGUGGACCACUGGCGUGCACUUUAGUAGAAACGAGGUGACAAGAAAUGCAAUGCCAUUGGAAAAACUGUGCAAAGAAACUGUGAAAAGCUGAUUACACUACUUUCUGUGCACGCCUUUGUGGAAACCAGUGCACUCGGAAAUAUCACUUCAACUCCGAGUCAUUUCGUUACUGAUGAGCAGAAUGAUUUUUUCUCUCUUUGUUUAAGCCUUUCAAGUGUAGCAAACGAGCAAAAUGAUGAACCAAAUAAAAAAGUGAAAAUGAAAACAAUAAUAAAUUGCUUAAGAGAGAUAAAAAAAAACAAAAAAAAGCAUAACUAUACAAAAGAACCCAACACGAAAAUUCCCUCCCUCUAUCAGUAGGAUGCAGGAUGAAAGCUGACACAGAACGGGAAAAGAAAUCAAACAGAGAAAAAUAGCACGACAAUUUUAAAAACAAGCUUCGGAUGAAAACUUUUGUAAAUAGUUUUGGCUGAUAACCGGACGUUGUACAAAAGUGCAGCGGGAUGAAUUCGCAAGGCAAUAGAAGGACAACAAAAAAUCAACGUGCUGUAAUCAAAAUACUUGAUAAGUAAGCAACGACGUCCCUCUGACGAGAUGGAAUGCGUAUAGUUUUUAGAGAAACAUGUAGUGUAAAGGAAGCGACUUCUGAUAUCAGCAUUAAGUGAUGUCGCUGAAAGCCCACAAAUGCUUAGGAUUUGUAUCAGCCAGUAUAAGUGGUUCUACCCCGACUGUAGUGAGGUGUGGGCCGAAUGUAAGUUCUAUCGAUUGGCAGAGGUUUUCAGGCAUGCAUUGAAGGAAAAUUUGAACUAGAAAUAUAGACAUAAUGGAUGAAGUGAGCAGAUAAUUCUACAUCGUAUGAACUUAGAUCUUAGAUGGUAAGUGAUCAAAAAUCAACAUCCGUGUAAGGUAAGGGAAGGAUGGAAAUGCAACAAUAUAUCACUUGAAAACAAA